AUGACAUCUACGAGUCAUGAAUAUAAUAGAUUUACUACGGGAAACUUUUCGUUGAAUGAAAUGGUCACGACAGCCAACUUCACCAUCUACCUUAUCGAAUUAUUCUUCUGUUUCAUCGCAUUCCCCAUCAAUAUCAUAUUUAUUAUCAUAAUCACCACCACAUCCACUCUUCAUAGGAAUCUUCGAAUAUUACUGGUCUCGAAUUGUGUAGCGGAUGCAGUCUACGCAGUGUCCAGAUAUAUGAUAUUAAUACCACUCCUAGUCGCUUAUUUAUUCAAUACGGAAAUUUCGAACAUCAGCUACUGCUGGUUCUCCAAAUCCUUGCAUCACUGGGUCCUAGCCGUGCAUGGUCUCACAUUCUUCGUCGUCGUAAUGGAGAGAUCACUCGCCUCAUUUCUCUACCGUACCUACGAGUCAGAGAGUUGCUAUCAAUCUGGUUUCAUUUUGACCGGUUUUCAAUGGUCAUACGCCUUGUUGGUAGUGGUUGUCAACCAGGUGGAUCUUAUGGGGACACCACGUGUCUAUCCCCGUCUGCCAUGCCAAAUCGAGUACUCAACUGGAAGGGCGAUCGCCGUUUUUGUGGUUGUUGGGCUCACUUUGAAUAUUGUCGCGGUUUUGACAUUUCGAAAAAUGGUGAAAUUCAAUAGGACACUGUUCCGGCAAAGGAGUUUCAAGCUGACGAGUUUGACAGAGAUUUAUCAGAUCUCGGAAAACGUGAAAUCGAUAAGCCUUCUGAUCCCGAUAAUCGUCGUGAUGAUCGCCAGCAAUAUCGUCUCCACAUUCACCAUUUCCAUCAAUGUCAUUGUCUAUAUCUCUGUCCGGGAGACACCUGAAAAUGAGCGGGCCUCAAUUAUGACUCACAUCACUGGAAGAGGCAACGAAAUCUCUCAAAUCUACGACAUUUGUGCGAUUCUUUCGAAACUAGCCUUCUGUUGGGGUAUCCGUUCGCAUCCGGAUCUCUAUAAAAAGUGGAAAUCACUCUUCGGAACCGCAAAAAUCAAUCCGAAACGGUGUGGUGGUGGAAUGACGCCGGCGGAUGUCGUCGGAUUGGACGGCAAGAAAUUGACGUUUACUGUAAUUGAAGAAACACAACACCACUUCGACUCGUUGGCUGAGAUUUGGAAGUAA